GCAAUUUUGCACAGGACUCUUCUGGUGGUUAUCAUCAGAAAAUAUAUUACAAAUAUUCAUUCAGAAAAGUCAGGGGUGUAUAAAACAUACAGAGCUGGGUCAAACAUCAUCAGAACUUUUUUUGUAUUUUCAGUCAUUAAAUAUUAAAAACUUAUGGUAUGUUUGGUAUAAUACCUAUAUCAUUAGUAUUCAUCACCAACUAUCCAUCAAAAUAAUAUAUAGGAUAUAAUUUUUAAAACCAAACCCCUUUUGGUACAAAUUCAAGAAACAAAUAAUCAAAUUUUACUAUAAACUGUAUUUGUCUCUCUCCCUUCAAAACUACAUUUUUAUAUAGGCUUAAUUUUAAAAUGCAGACCAAUCAAUGAAAACACCAAACAUUUCAAGUCCUGAACAAGAUAAUAGAAACAGCGUAAUCCCUCAGGAUCCUUUGACUGGCUCACAUCAACCAGAGAUCCAGUCUUUGAAGUAGUGAAAGAGAUGUGCUCAUCUUUGAUAACUAUCUCCAGUUCUUGCCUUCCAAUACGAUCUGGUGGGGGCCACAGAGAAUCGUCCUCCUGCAUUAUUUCUGAGUCGAUUAUGAUUCUUUUCAGUUCUUCCAUGACGCAAGGAUGAGUAUACACCUCCUUCCUAAUCAUAGUGUCGUUUUUGUAGUUGGAAUUGUUGGCGUACCUCAGUUUACCAUCGGGUCGAAACUCGAAUUCCAAAAAUUCAUGACCGAAUUUUCCCUUAUGGCCUACGUAGUAUCGAAUGUAGAAAUCGGCCAUCUCCGGAGUGAAAUUGAUUAACAAAGCACUAAUAUAAUGAACACGGAAACCAGGAAUAACUGUAUACAAUCUAUCACCCAAGCAGAAAACCGAAAUCGAUUAUUUUAACCUAAAAUAAAAGCAUCACUUCUCUUCUUCUUUUUCAAUGCAAGAUGAAAAAUCGUCUUUCUCGUUCUCUGAUUUAUUGCUCUUUGCUGGCCUGGGCCAUAGCCGAGAUGUUUAUAAUAGCUUACAGAACCACUGACCAAAACUCACUGCCUCAUUGGUUGUCCAGUAAGGACAAGAACCCUUAUCAUUCAAAAAAAGUUUGGCAUUUUGAAAACAAGAAGAACCAUUUUCAGGUUAUAAUUUUUUGACAUUUCUGUCAAACUCAAAAGUUAACAGCAGAGAAAGUUUGAAAAGCUGUAAUUUUCUUUGUUGAAAAUGGAAAUCGAAAAUCGACCACAAGAACUAAAUGAACUCAAGGUGCUAGCUCAGAAAAAAAUCAAAUUUGGAGAAGCACUCUUAAUUUCCAUAGAAAAUAGCAAAACAGUUGAGGGUUCUCAAAAACUAAAUAGAAAAAUAGGUCAAGAAUUGAAAUUUCUGAGAAAGGUCUGUAAAAACAAUUUGAUCAAAAAGGAACACCUACAAUGUUCAAAUCUCACCCACUUUUCUGCACUCAUCAACACAAUGAGAACUCUAGAUAACUGUCAAAGUGUUAACAAAGUCUUUGUAUUGGAAACCAGGAAAAUAACAGUAGAUAUAAUAAGUGAUGGAGGCUUAACCUGGACAAAGGUUAUUGCUAGGAAUCCAAAAUCUGUCAGCCAAAUUUGCAUGGGAAAUGCUAGUUAUGGAGUAAGAAGCAUUAUUGAUCAAGCUGAAGAAUAUGUCAGAUGUGCUAGUCUUUACCCAUGUCUAUUUCAAACCCCAAAGAUAGUUUUUGUUUUCACAAAUGGCAUAAGCAAUAAAAUUGCCACAAAAUUAGAAUCAUUUGGAAUAACAGUUCAAGGAGAAAGAGUGAGUGAUUAUACAGUCAACUUUGACAAUAAUUCAGAUCUGAGUGAAUCUGACGAUGAAAACGAAUUUGAAACUAACAUACCUUCAAGUUCAGCUGAACUGUCCACUAAAAACAUAGACAACAUCACAAAAGUCAACCUUGAUGUUUCUGCAAUGUUGGCUUACUGUAGCUCAGUCACUAAUGGCAGUGCUAGUUUGUAUGAUUUCGAUGUACCAGUUCUGAAGCAGCAAGCUCAAUGGGAAAGACUGCGACCCCAAAAACCCCUAUUAGAUGCCUUCUUCAAGGGAAAAAAAUUGUAUUGCUGCCAAACAGCCAAAGAUAACUUUGUGAACAUUAUGGAAACAGUAGGAGGGCUGGAAGAAAAGGUCAGAGCAGAGGAUCUGCUGGAAAGAGUUUCUGUUUUACCUGAUGAUGCUGACGUUAAAUUAACUGGAGAUGAUGGAAGGUUUCAAGAUAUCUUCGGCAAAGUCCAAUACUCGGAUGAAAGACUAUUGCAAGUGGGUGGAAAAAUUAAGAAGAGGUCUCUUGUGAUUUUCACAUUUGGAGAUAAGAUUCAAGCAGUUACUGUAACUGCUAAUGAUGGAUUCGUGAGAUCUGCAAAGCAACAGGGCAUACAUUUUGUUGUUUUUAUCCAUGAGUCCAGAGCACUUACUGAACAAAAAGAAAGGAUAAAAGCCAUUCCUAUCAAUAGGUAAAUAACAUUUGUACAUAAUAUAAUUCUCAACAUUAAUUUCACACUUUUCAUCCAUGUAAUUUCUACAAAUGAGCAACUUCUUUUUUUUAUAUUCAUUAUUUUGAAUAAAAAAAUAUUUUUGAUAUGAAUCAAAAUUGUGGACUUUUAUUUGUACU